CAGGCAACAUAACCUCGUCGGUUUGAAAACAGUCCCUUCGCUGUGUUUACCGCAUCGCUCCUCGUCCCGAGGAAGAAAAAAAAUUAGGCAAUCGCAAGGGUCAACAAUUGACACCUGAAAAGUGUUGCGUUCUGCGUGUUCUCGCGUAAUUGUAGUUGAUCUAGCGUAAGUUAAAAAAUCGGAAUUCAUGUUCUCGUCAGCAUGACUGCAACAAAACCGCUCGAUAUGCCUCUGCCUUUGGUGCUGAAGCAAGAGAAGGAGGAGAACCCGAGUGAGGAUGAGGCUGAGGAGGACAACGAGGAAAUGGACAGUGACAGUGUCUCGUCGUUGCCCCAGCCCUCGAUCCUCAACAGGGGUUCCCUCAACGACGUCGACCCCAGGAACGAGUUCCUCCGGCUGACUUCAAUGGUUCGUCGGGUCUACUUCUCGUAUCUCAACAAAUCCAUAAUCAACAAUUACAACGUCUGCUGUAAAACCUCAGAAGCGCGAGACAUCUCUCGGGUGGACCUGAAAAAAUUCGCUAGUCAAAUGGAGCUCCAGGCAGUGCGUGCCUCCCUCGAGGCCUCACUGUACCGUCAAGCAAUGCUGAAGAUAAUAUCCGAGGUGAAGACCAGCACUUCGCGGCAAAAAAUCCACAAAAAAUUAUCCAUCUUCCUGCAGACCCCGCCAUCCACCGUCGACGCAGCAGUGCAAACGAUCGAGGACACUCUCCCCGAGGCCAAAGUGUUUCCCCCAGUUGAGGACGAACAGCCCAAUGAAAGGCCUAAAGUGGAGACUGGGGAAGUUAAAUCCCUCGACGAAAGACUGACGAGGCUUUUUUCCGCCCCAGAAGAACCCCCAGUGAAUCCUGCGGAUGGCCAGGGGCCUGCCCAGAGGGAUCAGGAGGGCGCGGACGAGGCACCUGUGAAGGUCGAACCAAUGGAGAUCACCAAAGUCGAAGUGCAAGACGCUGAGGCAAUUGCGACUGACGACAAAGGCCCUGGGGAGGGAUUAAACAGCCUCGACGCCAGUGUCAAUGGACCGAUCGAGGAAGACCAGACGUCGCAGGACUCCCUGAUGCAGCACCUGGAGGACAUGUUCUGCGAGAGUGACGACAGCAGUGACCUGACGACUCUGAUCGAGCGCCACUCAGGCGUCACCAAGACGAAUAUCGAUAAGGAGAUCAUGAAGAUGUGCCCAGGAGGCGCUUCACCUGUGAAAACUCCAAGUGCCAAGUCUGUCUCAAAAACCCCGGACUCGUCACUGGCAACUCCUCCAGCGUCUCUCCCCCAGGAGACACCGUUGUCGAGUUCCAAGCGCAAGCUGUCGUUCUACUCGUACAAAAAUAAGAGGAGAGCUGUGGACGGGGGGGAGGAGCUCCAGGAGGACAAGGAGACGAAGAAGAUGCGGGGAAUCUGGCUGGUGGAGAGGAUCCACCAGGUGUCGAAACUCAGGACGAAGAUGACGGAGUUGUCGGUGAGAAAUUACAGGAAACAUGGCAGGAUUAGGAGCAAAUUUGCGGAGCUCUUUGGGGAUGACGAUGGCGAGGAUUUGGCGCCGGAUUCGCCGAUUCGUAUCGAGGACCAUUUGACUUCCUGCAAGGAGAGGAUAGCACCCUGGGUUGUCAAGUAUCUCAUGCCCUUUUAUUCGAGGAAAAAAGUUAUUAAGGAUCGACUGCUGUUCAAGGCGGUUGCUAAGCAUAUUAGUGAUGGGCUUAUCAUCGAGAAUACAUUUCCUGAAGAGGAGUAUGUGAAUCAAUACAUAAAAGACUACUUCCGGAAUAAGCCUAGUAUUAAGUCACAGGCUGACAUAUACCUCUGAAUAUGUCCAUCACUCUCUCCCUUUUUUUGUGAUAAACCUCGAAAUUGCAGGACGUAAGCAAUACUCAUGUCAUCUUCUCAUUUCACACAUUUUAGUUUUAAUGAGUCAACCAUGAUUAUAACUGACGAAAAUGUAUCUACUGUAAAUUACGGUUGGACCCAGUUGAAAUGGGCUACACCCAGAACGAAAGCAGAACAAAAUAGAAAUAAAACGUAAGAUCAUGUUUUUUUUUUAA